GACGAAUCUGUGAAACUCGACUCUGGGAUCACUGACUUGACGGUGGCUGAAAACGGAGAGCGAGCAAACGGAGAGGUUAGAGCUGGAACCCAACUGAGGGAGGACAGAAGAACAGAUUUGGGGUGGAGGAAAAAGAAAGAAGGAGACGAAGGAGGCAGAAUAACAGUGGAAUAACUUUCACCUGGUCUCUCUGACUGUAUAGGACCUAAAAGGAAUUGAUUUGAAGCACGGCCCGUGCGGCUGCCCGAGAGACGCCGGUGCUCUGCACCAUCUAUCAUGUUGGUGCGCUCUCUGUUUUAUUACUGGCCACUGAUGACACCACCUUUCAUCAGAUAGGAGUGUGUGCUGUGUGUGCAAGCCUCACCUACACUCUCAGCCCUGACACCGGGGGAUAUUAGUCCUGCCACUGGUGGACUGCCACUGCUCCCUGUGUGUUUGUGUGUGUGUGUGUGUGAAUGUGUCUAAGAGAGAUAGAUAGCAGGCAUUUGUGUGUGUUCAGGCCAUGUGCAGCAGAGCGAGGCGAGGCGUGCUCUUAGAAGUCGAGUCAGAUUGAACCCGUUCAGCUUCACCAGUGUGUUACAUGUAUUUUUUUAUUCGGACAUUUUUGUAAACAUUUGGCGUCAUCUGUCACUCUAUUGCUGAUUUUAUUUCACAUUCACUCAAUCCUUAAGCCUUAUUUCUGCUCUGAUUAGUAAACAGGUUAUUUAUAGAUACAUUUUGCGACAAACUGCUGAGGCUGCACAGGUUUCUCCACAAAGUCUAGCUCGGUGCAUUUGUCAUUUUCUUUCUUCUCCUCCUCCGGUUAUAAAGCUUUGCUUUUUCUCCCUACACGCUGUACUUUUUGAUGCAGUUUUGUGAGCUGCUUCACUCAUUUUGUAACCCUUGAUAUUCGUUGCCACACUCUAACGCUGUUGAGGAAAUAAGUCUGGUGUUUACCGAGAGGGGCGUAGCUGGAGUCAGUCGAAACCAAAGUGAGCCCAACAUUAGGAUGAGAAGCAGCGUGAACUUCUAACGAACACAGUAAAGCAAGUAGCGACUCUUGAUUGUGCACGCGUGUCGAUCGUUAUCGCAGUGCAGAACUAAUUAACCCUCACUCGGGUUGUUAAUAGCUGACGCACUUAAGAGUGCAAGUAAAAUUAUGCAGCCUUGAAGGUUUUUUUUUUCUGUCCUCAAAUGAGAAAGUUGGAGGACUUUAAUUUGCGGAUAUCAGUUAUAGCUCCUGCUGGAGUGUGUGAGUGAGGUGAUGAGAGUUUGAAAAGCCGGGUGAAGUGUUUUAAUUAGCUGAAACCUUACGCUCUGCUGCUGCGGUGCUGUAGUUGUGGUAUCUAGUGCUAGCAGUUUAGCUGAGACUCAGUUGGGUGACAGAACAGUGUGUGUGUGCGUGUGUGUGUGUGUGUGUGUGUGUGUGGGGCAUGUGUGUGUCUGGCCAAAGCCACAGAAGCCUCAUUGAUCAGCCUACGACACUCAAUACACAAUGAGAGCAGGCCAGCGAUCUCGCCUCUUCCAUCGCUCCCUCAUUGUCCUGCUCGUUCAUUCGUCCAUUCUGCUCUCCCUCUGCUCACGGGGCCAGGCGGUGCAGGCUGAGAAUGUGACAGUCUUGGAGGGCGGUACAGCACACAUCUCCUGCCGCCUACAGAACUAUGACGGCUCCAUAGUGGUCAUCCAGAACCCACGCAGGCAAACGCUGUUCUUUAACGGCACGCGAGCUCUAAAGGACGAGCGCUUUCAGAUGGUGCUGUUCACGCCACGCCUGGUGCGCAUAACGCUGACUAACGUGAGCGUGUCUGACGAAGGUGGCUACUUCUGUCAGCUCUACACGGACUCUACGCACCACCAGGUGGCCACGCUGUCGGUGGUGGUGCCCCCGGAGGUGCCCAAUGUGGAGGUGAAGAGUGAGGCGGUGGAGGGUGGAGAGGUGGAGCUCACCUGUGUGUCAGAGAGGAGCAAACCUCCCGCUACGCUGCGCUGGGUCCGAGACCGCAGAGAAAUUCCCGGUGUGGUGUCCCAGCAGGAGAACGGAAAGACGGUGAGCGUGUCCAACACCAUAAGGCUUCCUGUGGAGAGGAAGGACAACGGUGCUGCUCUCAGCUGCGAGGCUUCCCACCCAGCACUCGUGGGACAGAAAAAUGUCCGUCAUUACCGCCUGGAUGUCCACUUUGCCCCAACAGUGAGGAUCAGCCCCCCACAGGGCAUUCUGAGAGAGGGGGACUCGCUCAGCCUUACCUGCUCCGUUACUGGAAAUCCACUGCCACGGGACAUUCUCUGGUCGCGAGUGAACGACACACUGCCUGAAAGGGCGGAAAUUUCCGGCACCACCCUGGUCAUGUCUCGCCUUAGCCAAACACACAACGGCACCUACCUGUGUCAGGCACACAAUAAUUACGGCCGUGCAGCCGACCAGUACACGCUGCUGGUGUAUGAGAAUGUGUCUGUGUUUGUCAGUACCACCUCCCAUCCCGUCACCUCCUCAUCCUCCCUCCCAUGGACGGCCGCAGACCCUGGAGCAGUGGUGGAGACACACAGUGCUGUACCAUAUCCAGUCAUAGGAGGUGUUCUGGCUCUCCUGGUCUUCACCAUCAUCUGCGUGCUCAUUGUAACCAUUUGGUGCUCAGUCCGACAGAAAGCGGAUCAAGUGGUCCGAAUAUUAGAUUUGGAACCGGUUUUAUGCCAGAUGCCCUUCCUGACGCAACCCUCCUAUUAUAUCCGGGCUCGGGACCGGCAGUCUUCAGUGGCUGGGUUAGCAAUGAGAGCGUGGGAUCCUGCCACUGGACCACCAGGAGGUUCGUACCUCACGCAUGAGGCGAGUGGCCUCGAUGAACACGGGGAGGUGCAGGAAGCAUUUCUCAACGGAAACGACACUAGUCAAGGGAAGAAGGAGUAUCUACUGUAACAGCUCCUGGAGGAUGGCCACGGAGCUCAUGUCACAUGUCACAAACACACACACACACACACACACACACACACACACUUACAAACCAAUACAGCAGUGCCAUGUAAAGGGGAGAGAGCCAGGGGUGCCCCCAAAAUAUACAUUGUUAUAAACUCUGGCCACCCCUGUGGCCACCCCUAGUAUGAAUUUGAAUUUGAAUGCAUAGAAUAGUUCAUGAAGUGAAAAAUAAAUAAAUAAAUGAAUGAAUGAAUGAAUAAAUAAAUAAAAUGAAGCAUACGCUGCAGCCAAAAAAAAAAAAAGAUUGUAGAUUGAUUGGUGCCACCAGAGAAACAAAACUAAACAAGUAUAACACGCAUUACACUUAAUUAUUAUUAUUUAUUUUUUAUUUUUUUUGGUGCCACCCUAAGAUUUGCUGUGGCCUCCUCUGGCUACCCCUACUAAACGUUUCCGGGGGCGCCACUGGAGAGAGAGAGAGAGAGCGAGACAGACAGAGAGAGAGAGAGAGAGUGAGAGCGAGACUAAUUAAAAUGGAGAGAGACAUCUGAAACAGAAAAAGCACUGGUCCCAGUCACCCACCCACACACACACACACACACACACACACACACACACACAUUCUGUUAAACAGUAAGUAGGCAGCAGAACCAAAUAGCCAUAACUCACAGGCCAGCAGAGCAGCACCGACUUACGACCUAUUGACUUUGCAGACGCAAAUAUAAACAGAGCACAUGAGCUAUAAAAGCUGACAUGGCGUGGCCCGUGCUUCCCUCGUUUAGUAUUUACACUGGAUAUUCACCUGCUACUGGAGCUCCUUUAUUUUCCAUUAUCAGGCGUUUAGUAAUCCACACACACACACACACACACACACACACACACACACACACACACACACACACACACUUAUCAAGCCCAUAUCCCUCCUGAGGUUCUCUUUGAUCCUGUAUCACCUUCUCCACAUCUCUUCAGCUUCUGAUUUCUAAUCCUCGACAACCCCAUCACAGAAACCCCCACCCCCACUCCACCCCAGUCCCUAUCUCUCCCCAUUUUUUCUUCAGAGUUAAGCGUUUAUUACGCGAGUCCGAAGACCCGAGAGGCCACAGAAUUAAAAAGGAUGUGCUGUUGGGAACCUGUAGGAGAAGGCGCGAGGCUUAAAGGAGUAAUGUGUAGUAAAAAUAACAGUGAGAAUACAGUAUGUGUAAAUGCUAUAUAGACCUCCUUAUAUGUAUAGACACACACACACAGAGGAUACAAACAGGCACACACUGACAAUGAAACAUAUCUCUUAAGUGAUUAUUUGUAUAAAAAAAAAAUAAAGUUCAGUAAAUUAAAUUCAUCUUUGAAAAAGUGAACCAGAAGGUUUACUUUUGAGCGCAUUACCAAGCGAUGCUAUUAUACUAACACAAAAAUUUAGCUUAGUGAAAUACCUACAAAAUACAGUUGUGCGAUCUUUAAAAAAAAAAAAAAUGGAGAAAACCAGAAAAAAAAAAAAAAAAGAUCAUUUCAUUUGUCUCUGAAAGAUCCUUUGUUUUUAUAUUCGUUAUUAUUUUGGACUAUGAUUGUUGUUAUUGUUAAAAUAAUUGUAAAUGUUUUAAAUUGUAUAAACUCCCCAUGUUGGUUGUUUUUUUUUUGUUUUUUUUUCGCUGCUUUUUUUUUUUAUCCUUUUUUCCGUAUUUCUCGCUCUUUCUCUCAUCGUCUGUGUGCCGAAUUGUCUGAGUCCUUCCUUCUUGUCUUUUACUCAUGAUUUUUAAUAGUCUUCACGUCACUGUUGAUAUAGCUAACCGUGUUUCUUUAUAGAGGAAAAGUUACAAAGCACGACAAAAUAAAACAUACUCCAAAAAAAAAA